AUGAUACCGAAAGAGAUAGCUGUCGAUAGAGUUAUAGAGCGUAAUUUGAGUGCCCCAGUUUCGGGAGCGGCCGACGGAAGCUUCUCGAAGCUCCGCGACUCGCUGCGCCGCUCUUCCGCUAGACUGUUGCAGCGGCUCGCGGGCCGCCACUCGCUGCACCUGCCGCCCGACGUAGACCCGGAGAGCAUGAAGCGCGCAAGGUCGCUGUCCGAGCUCAGUAAGGAGUCAGCCGGCGUCAGGAACGAACCGCCGGGAGCUUUAAGGCCG